ACAAACCCGGCGACCAUAUCAACUUAUUGGCUUCUUCUCCAACCACAUCUCCGACCUGACUCCAUUUUGUUUGUGUGGUGUCAAUCCUUUGUGAUACAAACUUUCAGUCCUUUCCGGAUUCCAAAAUGCCAGGAGCAGAGAGCACCCCGCAGACCUUGUACGACAAGGUUCUGCAAGCCCAUGUUGUCGAUGAGAAGCUCGACGGCACAAUCCUCUUGUACAUCGACCGCCACCUUGUACAUGAGGUUACAUCACCUCAAGCAUUCGAGGGCCUGAGGAAUGCAGGCCGUAAAGUGCGGAGACCUGACUGCACAUUGGCCACCACAGACCAUAACGUCCCAACGACUUCACGGAAAGCUCUCAAGGACAUCGCCAGCUUCAUCAAGGAGGACGACUCAAGGACUCAAUGUGUGACUCUGGAGGAAAAUGUCAAGGAGUUUGGCGUCACAUACUUUGGCCUCAGCGACAAGCGCCAGGGUAUUGUGCACGUCAUUGGCCCUGAGCAAGGCUUCACACUUCCCGGAACAACUGUCGUGUGUGGAGACAGUCACACGUCCACCCAUGGCGCCUUUGGAGCGCUUGCCUUUGGUAUCGGUACCAGCGAGGUUGAGCACGUGCUGGCCACUCAGUGCUUGAUCACCAAGAGGAGUAAAAACAUGAGGAUACAAGUCGACGGUGAGCUGGCUCCUGGUGUCAGCUCCAAGGAUGUCGUGCUUCAUGCAAUUGGUAUCAUUGGCACCGCUGGCGGCACCGGUGCUGUCAUCGAGUUCUGCGGAUCCGUCAUCCGUAGCCUUAGCAUGGAGGCCCGCAUGUCAAUCUGCAACAUGUCCAUCGAGGGAGGUGCUAGGGCUGGCAUGGUAGCCCCUGAUGAAAUCACCUUUGACUAUCUGAAGGGCCGCCCGCUCGCACCAAAGUACGACUCGCCCGAGUGGCACAAGGCUGUCCAAUACUGGAAGAACCUUCAGUCCGACCCUGGCGCCAAAUAUGAUAUUGAUGUCUUUAUUGACGCAAAAGACAUCGUACCAACCCUGACAUGGGGCACAAGUCCCGAGGAUGUUGUUCCGAUCACCGGCGUUGUCCCUGAUCCCGAGACGUUUGCUACCGAGGCGAAGAAGGCAGACGGACGACGCAUGCUGCAGUACAUGGGACUGAAGGCUGGCACCCCUAUGGAGGACAUACCGGUCGACAAAGUCUUCAUCGGCUCCUGCACCAAUUCAAGGAUCGAGGAUCUCCGUGCGGCUGCCGCGGUCGUCAAGGGCCGGAAGAAGGCACCCAAUGUCAAGAGCGCCAUGGUGGUACCGGGAUCGGGUUUGGUCAAGACUCAAGCGGAGGAGGAAGGCCUCGAUAAGAUCUUCGAGGAGGCCGGCUUUGAGUGGCGCGAGGCUGGGUGCAGCAUGUGCCUUGGCAUGAACCCAGAUAUUCUUGCUCCCCAGGAGCGUUGUGCCAGUACCAGCAACCGCAACUUCGAGGGCCGCCAGGGCGCCGGCGGCCGCACCCACCUCAUGUCCCCAGUCAUGGCUGCUGCGGCUGGUAUCGUCGGUAAGCUUGCAGAUGUGAGGAAGUUGACCGAUUACAAGGCCAGCCCUCACGUUGCAGCUUACCAAAAGUCGGCAACAAAGCCCCAUGUGGACGAACGGAUUAACGAAGAUGCGCGUGAGAAGGAUAUGAUUGCCGAUAUCCCCGAGGACAACAACGGUCCUCACACCAAUACCUCUGCAUCUGCUGGCACUUCAGCUGGUCUUCCCAAGUUUACCGUACUGAAGGGCAUAGCGGCUCCGCUGGAGAAGGCCAAUGUCGACACCGACGCCAUCAUUCCCAAGCAAUUCCUCAAGACAAUCAAGAGGACAGGUCUGGGUAAUGCUCUGUUCUAUGAAAUGAGGUUCAAUGAAGACGGCACCGAGAAGAGCGACUUUGUUCUUAACAAGGAGCCAUACCGGAAAGCCAGCAUUCUGGUUUGCACCGGCGCCAACUUUGGAUGCGGAAGCUCUCGUGAGCAUGCUCCAUGGGCUCUCAACGACUUUGGGAUCAGGAGCGUCAUUGCCCCAUCGUUCGCGGAUAUCUUCUUCAACAACUCGUUCAAGAACGGCAUGUUGCCGAUCCCCAUCAAGGACCAGGCCCAGGUCGAGGCUAUCGCCGCCGAAGCCAGGGCGGGCAAGGAAAUCGAAGUUGAUCUGCCCAAUCAGCUGAUCAAGAACGCUGCCGGAGAGACUAUCUGCAGUUUCGAGGUCGAGGAGUUCAGGAAGCACUGCUUGGUCAAUGGUCUCGAUGACAUCGGCUUGACCAUGCAGAUGGAAGACAAGAUCGCCGAGUUCGAGGCCAAGAUGACCAGGGAAACUCCCUGGCUCGACGGAACUGGCUACCUCAAGCGGAAGGGUCAAGGUGGCAAGCUCGCAGCCAAGGCUGUGCCCGUGCCUACUACCAACAGGGGCGAGGAGAAGAAGGAGCCGCUUGAGUGGUAAUGGCUGAAAAUGAAAGGCGUUAAUCGGUUCAACUGGUGGAAAAACUGUUAUUGGGUUGGGAUUUAUGAAAUAACCCUGAAAAGGGGACUCUCGUUGAGUUUGCGAUCAUUGUACUGCUACAUCAGGGUGGGGGGUUUUUUGCGUCGACUUUACUGUCUUGCUCUUUGUUUCAAAAUCUUAGUGUUUUGAUUUUCUACAUUGAGACGACCAAUAUACAAACCGCCUGUAAUUACAAGACUUUAGGGCGUUCAUGACGCAUGGCCAGUAUCAAGGGACGGGGCAAAAUGACAUGUGCCUCUAUUACUUGAGCAACCCAACGUGCACAACAAAUCCAGAGGUUGAUCGUAGCCCUUCAGGUAAACUUGUGUCGGGCACUCGCCAGACUUGAAAAGAACGAUGAAAGCGCUUUAUCCAGCUCUCAAAAAUGUCGGGAUCCCGAAGCUGUUGCGCAACGACACAAACGGUUGGACGUGAGGUUCCAUCACUAGAAGGUGCGGCCUCGAGCUCUCUCAGCCUGCAAACGUCAACACAAGUUUGAGCUAGAGGGUCGAUAAGAGACUCGUUGUAGAUGCAAUCGCAGGCAAUGACGAGAUCGAAGCUCUUGGCUUGGGGAGAUCCAGUCAGCGAGGCGGUCACUUGGUCCGUUUCCCAGUCGAGCGGCAUGAAGCGCAAUGCCUGCUGCUGCUGUUGCUGCUGUUGAGGGGCCGACUUGGCCCUCCUACCCUUGGCCGCCUUGGACUUGAUGCUAUUAUUGUUUUCUUGUAUGUUCUGCUCAACCAGCCGUGCCACGUACGACUGGUCCGUCAUGGUGAAGGACGCCACGGACGGGGCGAGGACGAGGCCUACCACGGCAGAGGUGCCGCAACCCAACUCCAGGACAGAAGAUGACUGGGAGAUUACGCCGGCGCUGGCGAGGAUGUUGUCCGGGGUAGAGAUCCACUCGGCAAAGAGGGGUGUAACCUUCCAUACAACUGCAAGAUGGGUUAAGAAAAAGAAACGGUAAGUAGAGUCUUUUGAUAUCACAGAGAGGGGGAAAAAAAAAGAAAAAAAAAAAAGAAUUGAC